UCCAUCCUGCUCAAGUCACCCAUUUUCGUGGUCGCGUCUCCAGUUUUCGAUGUGCUUGAAACAAAUCAUUGUAUUAUCAGUUAUCUGAGAGCAUGUCUGAUAACAUACAUACUUAGAUAUUACAGCAUCUGAAUAUGAGGGGAAAGAAGGCAGUACCGAAGAAGACAACAGGAGACGCGAUACCACCUCAAGUUCAUUCUAGCAGCAUGGAUGACGAAGAGGAGGAGGAGGAGGAGGACCUGUCCAGUCUGUCUGAGACUUCAUUGAGUGAGGACUCAGCCGACAGUGACAAGGAGGACAAGGACGAUGAACAGGAGCUGGUCAGCACGAGAGAAGAAAAGAAACACCGAGGAGGACGCAAGAAGGGCCAAUCGUAUCGGAGCAGCUAUGACAUAGGAACACUGAAGGCUGCGUACGCUGCUGUUGUGGAGGAUGGUAUGGCUGUGUAUGCUGCAUCCAAGAAGUUCAAGGUGCCUCAGAGCACUCUCAGAGACCGAGUCCUGGGUCGGAUAUCAGCAGACGUCACAACGUCUGGACCCCCAACAAUCUUCACAGCUGAGGAGGAGGCUGGCAUUGCCAACUAUGUCAAACUGUUCGCUGAUAUUGGGCAUCCAUUAUCGAGAAACAAAGUUCGGCAGAUGGCCGGAGAGCUGGCAGCUCAGUUAGAGCGCCGGGGGUUCACCGAUGGGAAAAUACUAAGCUUGAGAUGGUACUACAAACUCAUGGACAGAUUCCCAAACACACAGACUCAAAAAUUUUCCAAUUCCAAGUUACAGGAGAUAGGGUAUGGUUAUUACAAGAAGCUUGCUGAGGUUAUUGAAGACUAUGGUUUAGAAGAUGCGCCAAAACGUGUUUUAAGUCUGGAUGAGAUUUGUGUAAGAACAGAGGAGUCGUCACUAAAGAUGAUCUGUCGGAAUGUGACGGACGAGAAUGCUGACAUUGCUGUUGUGUGCAAAGAUGAUGCAAGAAUCACCUUCCUCGGUUGUGCAAGUGCCAGUGGGAAAAAAAUUCCACCCUGUUUUGUAUUUGCCUCAAACAGCGAUAACCCAAGUCGUAAAACAGUUAGUAAAAUUCAACAUGGUGCUGUGGUAAAGUAUUCCCCUACGGGAGAGUGCACCUCACAAAUUCUCAAAGAAUACUUUGAAUCUCACUUCAGCCAGUUUGUGAAAGUUGGGCCCAAGUCAAAGAAGCAUAUCCUGUUCUACAACAGCCGACGGAUGUGUAUUCCCCUGGUUCUGUGGCUGUGGAGUGAGAGUCACAAUGUCAUGUUCUUCCCCCUACCGCUACACCGGGGACCGAGUAAGGACCCAGUGACACACAGAUCCACAGGCUGUCUGUAUGGCGUGUCACAUUCGUAUGAAAUAGAGCAGAAACAGUUUGAAGACAAAAAUCUGGACAUCAAGUUCACCAGUUCUGAUGCUUGUAAGAUCCUGAGUCGGAUCUACUCAGGUCUGUCUGUCUCCCACUUCGAGCAUAUGUUCCGACUGAUGGGAGUCUUCCCUCUGCCAGACAGAAACCCGGGAAUGCUCAGGUUUGACAAAAUAGUGGAUGAUAUGAAACAUGAGGGUAAACAGAAGAGGAGGCGUGCAAAGAAAAAACCUGUUGCUUUGAAUACUGAAGCAAGUCCUCCAAUCAAGAAGCGACGGAAAGCCAAAGUGAAAACCAAGUCCAAGCCUGUUGUCAGUCCUAUCAUCUUGAACAAGGGCAUGAAGUCCAUGGACAGGAUCAGACAUUCAGUGCCUGUAGACUGGAGUGGAAUCAUUGCACCAGACGAGAUUAUAUCCGUGCCGGUUGUGUCCGGUGGUGGGGAUGAGGAGGACAGUGUUGAUGAUGAUGAGGGGCGAGACGGGUAUGCUGGUAAUGCUGCUGCCCAUUACAAGUCACAGGGCAUCGAAAACGGAGUGACGCUGGAGCCAGACGCUGAGGGUGUUACUGUAGGCGGGUCUCAACAAAGUUAUCACGUGUACAUCCAAGGUGCUGAAUGUGUAACGCAGGGGGCGGACAUUGACACAGACAACAUUGUGGUGGCGGAAGAGGUGGUGAUUGUAAAUACAGUUGAAGACGGGUAGAGGAUGGGUGUUGUUCAGCAUCAUGCUAAUCCUGGUACUUAUGUUUAACAGCACUGAGGUGUGCUGGCACAGUCAUUUCAUCAGAUCAUCUUUUCCAGAUCAUCUAAAGAUGAAUUUGUUAACAUCACAUUGGGUGGACUGUAAUGUUGUCAGAUAAAAGUUAAAAUCCCCUUA